AUGCUCCCGCAACGCGCCAACUUCCACGUAUGCAGCUCGCCCCGCGAAGAGCUAGCCUACGAUGGUCUCCUUUCCGCCACCGCCACCGCCACCGCAGCGAUCGACACUAGCACCGAUGCCUCCGCUGCCUGCCUCUCGAGUACCUGGAAGCUCCGCCUUGACGCACCGACUGGGUUUGUCGACUCGGAAUGCGCAAACGUUGCCGCGCAGACCGACGGCCGUGGUGCGCUGUGGUACAGGAACGUCAAAUUCCCGAUUCCGGCGGACCCACGGCGCGUGCCGCUCGACGUGGACGAGACGAGGGCCGCCUUCACACCUCGAGGGGGUAAGCUCUUUGUACGGAUGAACCUCGACGACCAAUAUAUCGACGCGAUCCUCCGCAUGCGCGUGGACAUCACGAGGCCUGGUGGACCGCCGAGACGCCGACGCCGCACCAUCUCGCAUUGCUUGGGCUUCGUGCGCGUCAGGGGCGGCCCCACCAAGGUCAACGGGCAGCCGAUCGUCUCCCGCAGCGUCGACCGUCGUGGGCACGACCCCCGGACCGGGCGUGCCGUGUCGUCCAAGAUCUUGGCCACAGGACCACAAUUCACCGCUUACCGUGCACCGGCUGACAACGACGCGCCCCAAGACAAGCAGAACUACAGGAGCCAGCCGCUCCACCCCGCCAAGUCCCACACCCGCACCUGCGAGUGGGGUGUUGAGGGCGACGGCCACGCCUUCGUCUCUAUCGAUCUAGAUAUCACGUAUAGAUUCACGUCCCCGGGGCCCGCCGCGAUCCGCGUCAGAGACGUACCUGCACGGAAGAACUUGCCGCGGACGCUGCCACGCAUAGGGCCGAGCAUAGAGAGGCCUCCGGGGCGGUCGGGGGGAGGGCCCGGCGCAGCGGCAACAUGGUACGGGCACGGGCCCGGCGCGAGUUACCGCGGCAAGAGGUUAUCGCCACGCACCGGAGUGCAUCGCGCUCUUGAGGUGUCCGAACUCUGGACCGAAUACGAGUAUUGGCCAGAGAGCCGGAAAGACACACAGUGGAUCACGCUUACCCACACCUGCGGAGACACGGUCUCGAUGCAGUCUACGGAUCCAGAUACCGACGCUGCCGGAUAG